UCCCUGGGUCCCUGGGUCCCCAUCGCAAUUCUCGUGGUUCCAUUUGGUUCAUCGACUCCUCGUGUCUUUACCAUUGUGAGUGUGUGACGUUGUCUCUGUGUGUCUGGUGUGAGGCAGUGGCUGUUUGUUCCACCGUGUCUACCUGUGUGUCUAUCGCUCCGCCAUUGGGUCGCGGUGCCAGGCUAGGUGGGCGUGCGUGGCGGUGCCGACUGACGUCAUUACGAUCAUUGCCCCGCGUACGUCGGCAGGAGGUCUAAAUGCAGAGCGCGCCGCGUUAUUACAAAAGGGCGUAGCGCUGAAGCGCCUCGACCGAGGAUUGUCUCCGGCUCCCCGGUCUCCCAGUCGGUUGCUUUGUCCCGGGGUUUGGUGCAUUUGCAGCGUCGGAAAUCGCACACCGCCCUGUGUACUUGCCUGUAGUUGCGGCCACGGGUCGAUAGGGGGUGCCACCCUGAGCUAGAGAGAGAGCCGGACCGUUGAGAGGCCGAGUUCCCCUCCCGACCCCAGGUGAGGGGUUGGGGGGUUAUUCCAGAGUCCCCUAGAAGGUUCCAGAAAAGGGGCGGUACCGGGGGCGGAGAGUCCCCGGGACGAGUAUAAAAGACGGACCUCAGGUGGGCUCGAGGCAGUGCUCUGAAGACGAAGACAGAAGAGCAGCUAGGCUAGGACCCUGGGACCACGGGACCCGACGUCCUUGUGAGGGCCAGGGCCGAGCGCAGACCAGUGGUCAGGACCCGCUCCUUGGCUGGGUCGGGUCAGCAAAGCCUCCCCUAGGCCACCCUUAGCCAGAGGACUCAGAGCCCGUAGCCCCAGUGAUAGGCCACGUCAGCCCGGAGGCCAUACCUCCCCAGGUAGUGGGAGUAAAGGGGGCUUUCUGUUAAGAUUCAAAUCAACCGUGUUGCCUCUAAAGACUACGUGGAACCCACUACACAUUCAUCCCCCCCCCCCCCCCCACUGCGUGUAAGAAGUGCUCACAAGUGACACCAUCACGUCCACCGCUCUAAGUAACAAAACAGGAUUUCUGCACAGCUCUGUCGCCUGAUGUAGUUGGUUGUAAUUACUGGAGAAAUUUCGUACUCCGAUGUAAAUGUUGUGGCUUUGCUCUCCAACACACCGGUGUGCUGCUCUAGUAAUGAAUUGGCCACGUUCUGUUUACGUGACAAACCUUACUAAUUGGCUGUGUCAAGUGAUGGGGGGUUUAAAGACAUAUUUACGUGAAAGCCUAGAACGUGUUUAACUUGCUAUACCGCUGCUCAUAAUCACAACACUGCCUGCUCCAUCACCACAGACUUCUCGGUUUCACAUUCUGCUACUUUGUCCGUGAGUUUGGUGGAGUUCCUCGCCUUCAAGGGUCGUAGCCCCCCUCCCUACACGGCGACAACCACGACUGAACCAGAUGCAUAGCCGCUUCUGCGAGAUUCCACUGCUUGUUCCGUUCAGACUGAACAAGCAGCAGGGCUAGGGAUGUGAUUGCCGUACAGGAUGACUGUGCCUUGGCAUUCCCAGAACAUCGUUUUAUUUCACUUAGGAGCCAGUGUCCAUGCAGCGUGUUCAAAUGAAGCGCGUGUUUAUGUCAUUAAAGUUGGGAUAACUAAAUCCAAAAGAUUAAUCUCAUCGCUGACGUCACAAAUGAAAAGAUGUAGAAGCGGAGUGAUGUGAAUGUGAGGGAGCGUGAGCCAUUGGAGUGAGGCCGUGAGAUGGACUAAUGACUCAUUCUCGUUUGUGAUCAUCAGCAGACAGAGCCGACCAUGAAGCUGGUCAUCAUCCCACUGUUCAUCUCCCUUCUGGAUGCGGCAUCGGCUGCGAUGCUCCAGAUCACUCUUCUGCAGAGUCUGUCUGUGAGGGAGGGAGAGAACGUGACUAUUCCCUGCUCCUUCUCCCCAUCGACGUCCAGCCUGGACCACAUCAUCAUCGAGUGGUUCACGAUACCCAGACACUACGCAGAGAACGUGACCAGAAGAGAGUUGAAGAAGAUCUAUCAAACGCGGGAUGAAAAAGAGGACUUGAGUAUCGUGAAGUCUGUGGGAGACGUGCGGACGGGAGACUGCUCCAUCGGCAUCCCCAACUUCCCCAAGAACCUCGGCCCCGUGGCUCUGUGCCGCAUCGACUGUCGCCGAUGUAACGCGGAGAACACCGUGGUGCAAGGGGAGGUGCUGCUGAACGUGAUGCCUGCAGCCCCACGGUCACACGGUGGGGGCGUGAGUGACGUCACCCUCGCCCCUCUAGAGGAGACCUCGCACAAGGGAGGGGUGGUGGCUGCCUGGGUCCUGGUGCCUCUAGCUGUCAUUGUCAUCAUCAUCAUCGUCUCCGUCUUCGUCAGGAAGAAGAAGAAGAAUCACCGUCGGUGUUCAUGGCCCUGCCUCCACUCACGCAGUGGCACUCCAUCCGUAGUCUCAGGAGAGAACGCAGCAGAGAGAGGACAGCUGGCGGGACCUUCCAACGGAGACGUGGAAUGAGCGGCACCAUCGCCCAGGCAUGAAGACCACGGGCUCCCCAUCGUUUUGUUACUCGCAGUUUUGUUGCGUCUUCUGCCUCAAUCUCGUGCCCGAAACGUCGGCAUGAGGGCAGGGCUAGCACUAUGGCAGUUGUGAAGUUGUUUUGGUAAUCGCUGUCAAUCUGAUCAAAGUGCAUGAGAUCAAAAUAGUUUUAUAUUUACAAUCUGCAGUUUACUUGAACACCCUCACGGGCAGCAACAGCAGCAAGCAGUGAAUUAUUUUGAGACGCGUGAUCAACCUAACCACUUUAGCGAUGUGCACAGAGACACGUUCCUCUGAAAAACGGGUCGGCUCUGCCGCUUGGGUUGAACCCACAGCGAGCCAGACCGAGUGUCUGCCGCUGAAAAUGACGACCCCUCCGUGCCGACCCCUGACCCCCUGUGUUGUUGUGAGCCGGCAAGUGCGAUUACAUUUCCUGUGGCAGGGUCCAGUAUUUAUUACGCAAUGCUGCCGCUAGUUCUACAAUCCCGUGGUCCAUCCGGUGGCCAUAGCUAUGAUGGUGAUGAGUGAUGGCACCGAUCAAUGACGUGUGUAGGGUACAUUACAUGUGUGCUGAUCAAGUUUAGAUGCAUCGACUGAUGGAUUGAGACGGUUUUUUACACUCCCAGUACUCGGCACCGUUCCCCACCUCUCCCCGUUCCCACACCUCCCUCAAGACCCCCACCUCUUCCCCCUGGCCCACAACCAUCCCUCGUCCAUCCAACCUCCCUCCCCGUAGCCAUCCCUGUCCCCUUCCCCUCUUUCCCCUCCUCUCAAACGCCACCAAAAUCACCUUUAGCUAACCUCAUUGUAGCACGUCUAAACUGCCUUGGAUAUAAGCUACGAUUACCUUACCAUCCGUGUAUUCUAAUGUUGUAACGUUUGCACUGCAGCUGUUAGCAGUGUAAUAGAAUACACGAGCGAUUUGCCAAAUAAUAUUUUUUUGGUUGACAUUGAUGACGAUUCAACCCCCCGUGAGUGUGUGGAGCCGUUUACUGAUUUCUACGAUGCUGCUACUGAUCAUAAACUGUUGUCAACCGUCUGUGCCUUGGAACUGCUAAAGUGUUGUACCAACUGGAUUGCCUUGAGCAACAAACCUCAGGGAAUUUUAUAUUCAAAGAGCACACGCAUUGUUUGGGAUACUAGCUAAUCUUUAGAGAUUUUUUAAAUCCCAUUUAUGUAUUUUUUUUUUUCAAAUGAGGCCAGGCGGUGUUAACGUCUUAAAAUGGUUAACGAAUGCAAUAUAUUUAUCUACGUCAAACAUUGUCACGUGUCGCCUAAUAAACGUCGCUUGCUGUAAAACC